AUGUCGGUGUUCAACCCACUAACCAGCGACUAUUCAAGUCAACUGUUCGCGGCGAUUGGAAGAAAGUUGUUCUUGAACUCUGAACUGGCCGAUGUUCACUUUGUCUUCGAAUCAGAUGAUGACAUCGAACGAGUGCCGGCGAACAAAGCUCACUUGAUGGCUGGCAGCGAUGUCUUCGCCAAAAUGUUCAAUGGAUCAUGGAAAGAGAUGGAUAAGGUGAAGAUUGGCGAUGUAUCAGCUACUGCUUUCAAAGAAUUUCUCCAGUUUUUCUACUUUGGCCAAGUCAAGCUGACAAUGGAAAACAUCGCUGAAGUGAUGAAUCUCGGCGAAAUGUACAAUGUGACCGAGUGUUUGGCGGUGUGCAGCAAGUUCCUGAAAAACAAUUUCAACAACAACAGUAUUUUUCGGGACUAUAGAUUGGCAAUGCUGUUAAAUCAAGAGACCUUGAAGAAAGCAUGUGAAUUUUUCAUUGGAGUGAAUAUUAAAGCAGUGUUCAAGUUAACAGACUUCCUGGCAUGUGAUCGAAAGAUGCUGGCUCAAAUACUGAAGCUGAAUUGGAUGUCAUGCACUGAGAUUGAGCUCUUCGAGGCAUGCAUGUCUUGGGUCAAAGAAGCUAGCAAGCAGAAUGUUUUAACCAAGGAGAUCGUACAAGCUCAUCUCGGCGACUUGUUCCAUGAAAUUCGCUUCGGUUCAAUGUCUUUGCAAGCGUUCGCUGCACUGAUUCCAACGUAUGGAAAUACAUUAUCGUUUGACGAGCAACAAGAAAUCAUUCAAAUGAUAGCAGACCCAACAUUCCCGCCAACAAUCUUCGAUGGAAACCGUAUGGAAAGAUACACAUCCCCGGAACGAUGGAGUGCAAGUGAUGACAUUUACUGUAGACGAAUAAUUUCUCAAUUUCCUUCGUUUGAACCAUAUGAAAUCAAAAACUUAGAGACAACUGUCUUCUCAACCAACGAAACUCUUUUGCUUCGUGCGAUCGGUUGUGUUAUGGUGAGAAUUUCUGUCCAAAAUCAAUAUCUGGUGCUUGAAAAUGGCGUUCCAACAAACAUAACGAUCGUAGAAGUGAGCGAUCUAAAUGACGAAGUUAUACUUUACGAUACAAAUGGAAUUCUAAAAUCUACAGAAGAUUUGCGUAUAUUCCUCACUAAACCAGUUAUCAUUAGACCUGGUUUUACGUAUGAAAUUCGAAAAAAACAAACCGUACCGAGUGGCUGUUGCACGGGCAAUUUAUUGAAGUCAAGUGUUGAAUUGAAAUCCGGCAUAAUUAUACAGUUCCAUCGCAACGCCAUUCUUGAAGGUGAUCCAAAAAUAGCAAGGGGUAUUAUUUUUGAACUGAUCUUCCAAACAAUUGAUUAA